CUACGUCUCUGAAGUGUACAGAAAGGGUACAUUUCAUGCUUUUAAGAGUCCACAUUCAGGGCUGUAUUUUCAGUUGCUCAGUCCUUUUUUUCUUUUUCUUUUGGUGAACCAAAUCGGAUGUUUUCACAUCAGAAUUUUGUCAGCGCUAAUCUGAUUGGUUAAAUUUCUGAUCAGUAAACAAAUGAUCAGAAUUUCACUGCUUGUCUAAUCAAUACUCAGGAGACCUCAUUUACAUCUAUUUUGUUCUACUUGCACAGCCACCCAACCGGGUCUGUUAUUUCUCUCGUUAUCAUGUUUUUAGUUGUGACCAUCUUGAGUGUGAUGCUGUGGACUCAGUGUUUCAAUGCUAUUGUCCGACCACAAAAGGAUUUUGAUCUACAAAGGUUUUCGGGACCAUGGUAUCGUGUUGGCCUGGCCUAUGACUCACCAGAAUUUGUGCCGUUGAAAAAGUAUUUGCAGGUCUCCAAAGGAAAUAUAACCUCUGAUACGGACGGCAAUGCCAACCUCACCGUACGGGGAACAGGGAAAAAGGGUUGCAUGUGUGGUGUGUACCACUACAAGAAGACUGAUCUCCCAGGCCAGUUCACCUACUUUAGUGACCGCCAUCAGAUAUGGAAGGAUGUGACAGUGGUGGAGAGCAAUUACACCGAAUAUAGCCUGGUGGUGAAAUACAAGGAGAUCAUGAAAAACUUCUCCCAGGUGUCUCUUUACGGUCGCUUUCCAACACUGAGAGAAGAAAUCCUGGAGAGAUUUAGAAACUAUUCUCUGCUUCUGGGCUUCUCUGCUGAGUCCAUUCUGAUUCCUUCUUCCAUAGAUCCCUGCUCUGAUUGAAGAUGUUAAGAUCUGACUGAAAGCUCGAAGAUCUCCUGCUAUACUGGACCAAGAUAGAAGGACGUUCCCUUUAUAUACCCUGAGCCAUGUGUUUCGUCUGUCAGAUGCAUACCUGGGCUUUGGUUAGGAAAUGUUUUGCUGGACAAUGUGACCUGCAGUGUUUUAGUCAUUAUUAUAUUCCUUUAUGAUAUUCAUCAUAUACUUUCAUGUACAGUUGUUGGAAGUGUUUUUUUAUUUUCACAGAGCUCUGAAAUCCCCUCUCCCUCAAUUUAUUGCAAAAAAAUUUGGACUCCUCCGGGUUUUUGUGGGCUUUGUCCAACAUUUCAGAGUUGUGGACGGGUUUGAAUCUUGUUUGCAGCAUACCUCCAUUGCCUGUUGGUCUAACAGAUCAUGUUGAUGUUGCCCUUUCUGUUGAGUUAUUGCAACGACAGAUUGCCAUAAUUGCAAUUUCAAAAUUACCAGUUUGAAUCUCCAGGACUAUAGUCUGUUAACACUGCAAGCAUGUUGCCCAUUGGUGUCCUUAAAUAGGGAGACUAUUUAUAAAGAGUGUUGACAUUCCUAAAUAAACAAAUACCCUCAAAUAAAAGCUGAGAAUCUAGACUUUUACCUCAUAGUAAUGGUUUAAUUACAAAAGCAAACUUUUGAAAUACAGAACCAACAAAGACAAAUUAUUUUGGAGGCCUCUGUAUCUCUGGAUUUUAGGGUGACAAAAGUAUUUGGACUUCAUUACUCUUUAUCAGACAAACUACACAGGCUUGCCUGCAAAGUUGAGGUAGAUUGAAGCAGUUCUUGCUUCCUAAUAUGACAAUGUUUGUGUUCCCCUUUAUUUUUUUCAAAUAUCUGUUUAAGGGUCUCAUGUUUUAUGUAAACAAAGUUCUACUGUGUAGACAUUGAGCACAGAAAACAACAAACUAUAAUAUAUAUU